AAAAAACAAGGAAUUGGGACAUGAAAACGAGUACUACAAAAGUCGUCUGUUUGGCAUCAUCCCAUAAAAAGUCCAGGUGCUUUUCGGUGUCUGGUAAUGCUCCUAACUCCCUCCCAAUGCCCAUUGGACCUCUUGAUUAAUUUAAAAACCAAAAAAAAAAAACAGAAAAAAUAAAAUAAUACAGGCUGCCAGUUAAUGAUGAUGAAAUACUCUAAUGGCAUCAUCAAUAAUUGUUGCUGAUUCGAUUUGUUUCCUCAAGGUAUUGUAUUGUUUAGUGGUUUGGCAAGAUCUUUUGGGCACCCCAGAAGAAGAAGAAAAGAAGAAAAAAUGGGGGUUUGUGGAUCGAAAUCGUGUAAGCGCAUUGGGGUUGGGAAUGGAGCCGGUGGCGGUGCUCGAUUGAUUUUAGGGAAAAAGGGUCGAAUUCGGAGGCGGAGGAAGAGGGCCAGGGCUCAAUCUCAUUCCAACAAGCUCAGCAAGGUUGAACCUUCCAAUUCCAUGGAUGUUUCUUACUCCAAUCCCACCUAUCAAGGUGCCCUCAAUUUUUCCUAGCUUGUCUGUUUGUGCUCAGCUUAGUUGGGUUGCAUGUGUGUUAUUGGUUCUGUAAAUUAGUGGCCUUUUUUAAUUUUGCCCCUUUUUUUAGGCCUGAUAUUGUGUUUAUGAUCCUACAAUUCAUUCGGGAUUGAAUAUAAAUUUCUAAUGUGCUCCGCAGCAUUGUUGAAGUUCUCACUUUGAUGAGCUGUGCAUUGUUUGAGCUAGUAUCUGAAUGGGUCUUAUUGGAAAGCCGUGUUUAGGUUUUAGGGGGAUAAUGUUGGAUCUUGAAGGGAUGAGAUAACAGUCUAGAUUAUUGUGGCACACUUUUCAACUUCUAUUAUUUUAAAGUUUCGCGAUUUUUCAAUGAAAAUUAUUGUAUUUCAUUAAGCAUUGUGUGUUGUAUUUCUUCGGCCGUUUUUGUGCUUGUAGGAACUUCAGAGGCUUGGUAUGAUCCAGAAGCAGGAAGUGGUUCUGAAUGCGAGGAUGACUUUUACAGCGUUCCAGAUGGUAACAAGUAGAAAACUUUCUAGUAGAUGUCAUAUUUUUAUCAUCCUGUUGCUUUUCUUCUUUGUAGUUUUCGUGGGUUUGGUUGUUUUGAUUUCUGAUACCUGUCAUGUAAAAUUCAAUAUGUUGCAGACAUGUCUGCUGCUGUUACUCCGAGAUGUAGUGAUGAAAAGCAUUCCAAUGUCACUUUUAUUGAUGAUUCUUUGGCCAAACCUGCUGAACUAUCAUCUGACAACUUGGAAACGAACCCUGUAUUAGAGAUUACUCACAAAGAAGAUUCCUUACUAAGUUUUAAACGGCCUACUGAUGAUAACCAUAACAGUGUGAAGGAUCUGGCUCAUCUUAACCAUGCCUCUCCGAUUGGUUUGGAUGAAAGGGGAGCAAACAAUGCGGUGGGAAGAAUAUUGCACAAUUGUGGAAAUCAAGCCAAUCAUUGCUUGCCCUGCCUUGUUUGUUCUACAUCCCCAGACGAAAAGACAAAACCACUAGCCCCACGUGCAGCGACUUUUAAGAAAAGAGCUUCCUUUAAACUCUCUUUCAAACGCAGAGAAGGUCAACCUAGUUCUACCAUAUUGUCACCUAGGUCUAUUCUUCAAAGACCUACUGCAGGUUCUCAAGUUUCUUGUUGCCCAGCUGAGAAAAGAAUUCCAGAAAGCUGGUCACGUAUUCCCCCAAAUACUUUCAAAGUUCGUGGGAAGAACUUUAUCAGGGAUAAAAAGAAAGAACAUUCUCCAAACUAUGCUGCAUUUUAUCCAUUUGGAGUUGAUGUAUUCUACUCUCCAAGGAAGAUUGAUCAUAUUGCACGUUUCGUUCAACUUCCCCCCUUUCCUUCAUCUGGAGGAAUUCCUCCUAUUCUUGUUGUGAACCUUCAGGUGCCACUCUAUCCUGCGGCGAUCUUUCAAAAUGAAUAUAAUGGCGAGGGAUUGAGUUUAGUUUUCUACUUUAAGCUCUCUGAUAACUUUGAAAAGGAACUUCCCAUUCAGUUUCAACAAAAUAUUAAGAGAAUAGUUGACGGUGAAAUUGAGAAAAUUAAAAGCUUCCCCUUAGAUACAAGUGCGCCGUUCAGAGAAAGAUUAAAGAUUUUGGGACGAGUGGUGAAUGUAGAAGAUCUCAAUUUUGGUGCAACUGAGAAGAAACUUAUGAACAAUUAUAAUGAAAAGCCUGUUCUUUCACGUCCACAGCAUGAAUUUUACCGGGGAGAAAAUUACUUCGAGAUUGAUUUGGACAUACACAGAUUCAGCUUUAUUGCUAGAAAAGGCUUUGAAGCAUUUCAUGACAGAUUGAAGAGCUGUGUUUUCGAUUUUGGUUUAACAAUUCAGGGAAACAAGCCUGAAGAUCUACCAGAGUGUAUGUUAUGCUGCAUACGAUUGAAUGAAAUCGAUUUUCGCAACUGCCACCAACUGCAAGUAUGAAUUAACCGAAUCUGCUGAAGCUGAAGCUGCAGUUCAGCGCUGAAAGAUUUCACCCUUCUUGGCAAGUUUAGAUGGCCUGAAAAUUUUUACUGUAUCAUGCUAAUCUGUCAAUUGUACAGUACAGCUUCUGCAGCUUUUGUAUCUGAGUGUAAAAAUAUUUUGAAUGCAAUAAUAC